UGAGAGAGAGAGAGAGAGAAUGGAUUUCCAGAGCAUUGUAGUAGCUGCAUUGUUGGCAUGGACUUUGGUCCAAGCUCUCUGUUCAUUAGCAAAAAGUAGUAAGAGUGUAGGCAAAAAAUUUCCACCAGGGCCAGUUCCUUUGCCGGUCAUUGGAAACCUUCAUUUGCUGGGAGGGAAACCGCACAAAUCCCUAGCCCAGCUAGCCCAAAAAUAUGGUCCAGUUAUGAAGCUAAAACUGGGCAUGAAAAGCACAGUGGUCAUUUCUUCAUCCGCCAUGGCCAAACAAGCUCUGCAGAAGCAAGACUUAGCCUUCUCUACCCACCGCUCAAUCCCUGAUGCUGUGCGAGGUACCAACCAUUUCCAAUUCUCUGUUGUUUGGCUCCCUGUUGCCUCUAGUUGGAGAGCCCUUCGUAAGAUCAUGAAUUCCAACAUAUUUUCUGGCAACAAGCUCGAUACUAACCAGCAGCUGAGAGCUAGAAAGAUCCAGGAGCUGAUUAUCUACUGCCAAAAUAAAAGCCAGGUAGGGGAAGCGGUGGAUCUUGGGCGUGCAGCUUUCAGAACUACCCUCAAUUUGCUGUCUAACACCGUUUUCUCUAAGGAUUUAACCGACCCUUUUUCGGAUUCUGCCAAACAAUUCAAAGAAUUGGUUUGGAACAUCAUGGAGGAAGCUGGAAAGCCCAACCUGGUUGAUUACUUUCCCUUUCUUGAAAAGUUUGAUCCCCAAGGUUCAAGACGCCGCAUGACAGCUCAUUUUACUAAGGCACUAGAGCUUUUCAAAGAUUUGGUUGAUCAACGGCUGGAAGAGAGAAAAGUGAUGAUGGGCUGCAGAAAUGUUGAUGUAUUGGAUUCACUUCUCAACAUCAGUCAAGAAAGACCAGAGGAGAUAGAUACGACUCACAUUUUGCAUGUGUGCUUGGAUUUGUUUGCUGCUGGGACUGAUACAUCAUCAAGCACAUUAGAGUGGGCUAUGGCAGAACUUCUUAGGAACCCAAAGACUAUGGAGAAAGUUCAAGCUGAGCUUGAAGAUGUUAUUGGUAGAGGCAAACCAAUACAUGAAGCUGAUGUUAAUCGUCUACCUUAUUUACAAUGCAUCCUGAAAGAAACAUUUAGGAUGCACCCACCUGUUCCGUUCUUGAUACCGCGUAAAGUUGAACAAGACGUCAACUUAGGUGGGCAUACUAUUUCUAAAGACUCACAAAUUCUAGUUAACGUAUGGGCAGUUGGGCAUGACUCUAGUAUUUGGGAAAAUCCUUUGAUUUUCAAUCCAGAGAGAUUUUGGAAUUUAAAAAUAGAUGUUAGAGGGCAAGAUUUUGAACUCAUUCCAUUUGGGGCGGACAGAAGAAUUUGUCCCGGUUUGCCAAUGGCAAUGAAAAUGGUUCCGGUAAUGUUAGGAUCAUUACUAAACUCAUUCCAAUGGAAGCUUGAGUGUGACAUUGCACCAAAGGAUUUGGACAUGGAGGAAAAGUUCGGCAUAACAUUGGCUAAAGCUCAUCCUCUUAGGGCCAUUCCUAUUCCUUUUUAACAUGGCGGAUUGGCCGGUGUCAUUUUAGUUCAUGUUCUGUAGCAGUAAGUAUUCAAUAGAUAUGUACUAUGUUGCUCCAAAUCUUUGAAGUGUUUUUUUUUAAUGGAGAUAUAUCACAUUAUUGUGUAGUGAUAUUCAA